AUGCCAUCUGAAACCCUUGCUCAAAAUACAGCAAGAACUAAUUGUGAACAAGGUGUUUAUGAUGUUGAUCUUCUUCCUCACGAUCCUGGGAAAAGAAAGUCAAUGUCCUCUUAUCCUUCUGGUGAUCUUGAUGCUGUAAGGCGAGGAUACAUCAUUAAAAAUCCAUGUCAACCGCAUACACAUUUUUUUCCUCAAAAGGAUAAAGGAGAUAUGUGUCGCUUUAGUGUUUCUUGGUUUGGAAAGUACGAUUGGUUAGAGUAUAGUGUUGAGCAGGAUGCAGCCUUUUUAUUUGUUUGUUACUUGUUCAAAGAUAAAACUUUGCACCCAGGAGGUGAUGCUUUUGUUAACGGGGGAUUUCAGAGUUGGAACAAACCUAAUAGUUCAUGUGCCAAGGAAACUACCAAGUUAAUUAUUGAUGAUCUUAGUGAAGAGUAUUUUGCAAUAUUAGCUGAUGAUUCUAGUGAUAUCUCUCAAAAGGAACAACUAGCUCUCUGCAUACGUUAUGUUAAUAAAAAAAAGGGAAGAGUUCGUGGUCAAGGUUAUGACGGGGCUAGCAAUAUGAGGGGUGAGAUAAAUGGGCUUAAAACUUUAAUCAAGAAUGAUACUCCUUAUGCGUACUAUAUUCAUUGUUUUGCCCAUCAACUUCAAUUGACUCUUGUUGUAGUUGCUAAAGUUAAUGAUGUUUGCAUUUGGCUUUUUGAACAACUUGGUUAUUUGUUGAAAAUUAUUGGAGUUUCUUGUAAGAGUAGAGAAAUGCUUCGAGUAAUUCAAGCUCAAAAAGUUCUAGAAGCCUUAGACUUGGGUGAAAUUGAAAGUGGACAAGGUUUGAACCAAGAGCUUGGUUCGGGGAGGCCUGGUCCAACUCGUUGGGGCUCACACUACAAAACUAUUUUGAAUGUCACUACCUUGUAUUCUACAAUCAUGGAUCUUCUUCAAAUUAUUGGAACCAAUCCUUUGUAUGGGGAUAAUCGUGGGAAAGCUAGAACCAUCAUGCUUUCAUUUGAGUCAUUUGAGUUUAUUUUCAUGACACAAUUGAUGUUAGAAAUAUUUGGUUAUACAGAUGUAUUGAACCAAGCUUUGCAAAGAAAGGACACAAAUAUAGGCAAUGCCAUGGAUCUUGUUUCUUUGACUAAGGAACGUUUGCAAAACAUGAGAGAUGACAGAUGGGAAUCAUUUUUCCUUAAGGUGUGUUCUUUUUGUGCUAAGCAUAAGAUUGAAGUUCCCGAUAUUAAUGAUUUGUAUGUUCCUCCUGGAAGAUCAAAACAUUUCUUUGUCAAAGCUACAAACCUACAUCGCUUUCGGGUUGAGAUGUUUCUUUGUGUCAUUGACUUGCAACUUCAGGAACUCAAAAAUAGGUUUAAUGAGGAUACAAAGUUUCGAGAAGUGAAAGAUAUUGGUGAGCUUAGUAUGAUGCUUGUUGAAACAGAGAAACACAAUUCAUAUAAAUUAGUCUACUUACUUUUGAAACUUGUAUUGAUUCUUCCGGUUGCAACAACAACUGUGGAAAGAGCCUUUUCCUCGAUGAUUAUUGUGAAAAACAAAUUGCGAAAUAGUACGGGUGACCAACUAUUGAAUGAUUGUUUAGUAACAUUUAUUGAGAGAGAUCUUUUUGUUCAAGUUAGUUAUGAAGAUGUAAUCAAUCGCUUUCAAGUUAUGUAA